UCAAUAUUUCUUAAAAAAACAUCGAGAAAUUGAAAUUUUAGUAAAAAUCAAUUGAAUUUUCCGAAGAAAUUCAAAAGUGAAUGAUGUAAAUUACUACUUAACUCCCAAAACUAGCAACAAAACUACUCAAAAACACUAAAAUCUACCAUUAGACAAAACGAUGUCAACUUUACGGUUUUGUGGCGCUUUGCUUCCACGAAUUGCCCGUUCGCAAGUCAACUCAGUCGCAAUUCAGCAGAAAUUCGCUUUGUCAACGCUCUCAGCUGCAAAAACCAAAGAUAAAAAGGAACAAAAUCUCGUAAAAUACGAAAAUUUUCAACAUCAACAAAAUCGUGGCCAUAAAAAUUUCGGACAUAAGCCACAAAAUGUGUCGGUCCACUCGACGGUGCAUCUUGGAUUUUUAGUUUUUGCCAUGAUUGCUGCCUUGACAGACUGGAAAAUGGUCGGCGCAUGGUUCAAAGAAAAAUUUCCGAAAGUAGAUGCCGAUUCCGGGGUAAAGAGCGACGUGGCGCACAAUGAAACGAACACUGAAGUCGCAGAAGAAGAAGAAAGUGAUGUCGACGAGGAAGGACAAACAAAGAAAAAGAGCAAAAAAGAAAAAGUUGGUUUCCGCGAUCGAAAGAUAAUUGAAUAUGAAAACCGUAUUCGUCAAUAUUCGACACCAGAUAAGGUUUUUCGUUACUUCGCUACCAUCGAAGUUCCUCAUCCGCAUGGUGAACGCGAAAUUUUUAUGACUCCCUCGGACUUUUUAACUGCUUUGACUCCAGGAAUGAAGCAACCAGAAGGACUCGGUCUCGAUCAAUACCGCAAAUACGAUCCAAAGAAUAUUUCGUCACGAUUGGAUUUGAAUUUAGAUGAAGGAAGCAUUUUUUACAAACUCGGAUCUUAUGGAUUGAUUUCCUUUUCGGAUUAUAUCUUCUUGUUGACCGUUUUGUCAACAUCUCGUCGUCAUUUUGAGAUCGCCUUCCAAAUGUUUGACUUGAACGGCGAUGGAGAUGUCGAUUCAGAGGAAUUCCAAAAAGUUGCGGAUUUGAUUCGGCAACAGACGAGUAUUGGAUCACGUCAUCGGGAUCACGCCAAUACUGGAAAUACUUUCAAGGGCGUCAACUCCGCUCUCACGACAUACUUUUUCGGCCCAAACAUGGAUGAAAAACUCACCAUCGAAAAAUUCCUCGAUUUCCAACAGCAACUCCAACGCGAAAUCCUCUCACUCGAAUUCCGUCGCAAAAACCCCGACGAAAACGGAAACAUCUCAGAAGCUGAAUUCGCCGAACUCCUGCUCGUCUUUGCCGGUUACCCGCAAAAGAAGAAAGCCAAAAAGUUGCGACAGGUCAAAAAACGUUUCCGCGAUCACGGCACCGGAAUUUCCAAGGACGAUUAUUUGAACUUUUUCCACUUUUUGAACAACAUCAAUGACGUCGACACCGCACUGACCUUCUAUCACAUAGCAGGUGCAUCCAUAGACCAACAAACGCUCAAGCAUGUCGCGAAAACCGUUGCUAUGGUAGAGCUAUCUGACCAUGUGAUAGAUGUGGUUUUUACCAUUUUUGACGAUAACAUGGAUGGACAAUUGAGUAACAGAGAAUUCGUCGCCGUCAUGAAAAAUCGCCUUCUUCGAGGUCUUGAGAAACCCAAAGACACAGGUUUUGUGAAACUUUUGCACUCGAUGCUCAAGUGUGCCAAAGAUACAAAGCCUGUUCUUUUGGAUUUGUAAAUUUUUGUGUUAAAUUUUCCUGUAAUUGUUGUUUUUUUAUUGAAUUAUGUAAUAUUGUGCUGUUAUCAAAUCUCGUAAAUAAAUUAUUAUUGUC